AUGCGUUCCCGUAGCAACAGCCUGGAGGACAGUGAUGUCCGCCCGGCCCGGCGCCGGUCCGACGCUGGCUGCCGCUCCUCUGAGCGAGGGCAACCUCCGGGCCGGGCGGAACGUCGUUUCAGACGCGAGGAACCGCAGGACCGCGAUACCGGGACCAUCCAGAGGAACCAUAAGGCCAGGAGCAACGACAGGGGGACCGCAAAGGGGGACGGACGCAGGGAGAAAGCCAGAGACCUGACCAGAGACGACCUGGUCUUCCUGCUCAGCCUGCUGGAGGGGGAGCUGCAGGCCAGGGACGAGGUCAUCACUGUGCUGAAGGCGGACAAGGUGGACCCGGCCCUACUGGAGGCCAAGUACGGGUUCGGCCCCAAGCAGGUCCUGCAGGCCCUGCAGAGGGACGCCCUGCAGGAGGACCUGAGAGAGGACGUCUACCAGAGACCCAUGGAGGAGCUGGAUAAGCUGGUGCAGCAGCAGCAGCAGUAUGAGAAGCGGAUGCUGCAGCAGCUGCUGCAGCUGGAGGAGAGCCACCAGGAGGCGGUCAGGAGGCUGGAGGACGAGGAGCGGAACCACGGAGACUUCAUGAGGAAGAGCGACGACCUCACCAACCUGCUGGAGCACGACCGAGAGAGACUGAAGCUGCUGCUCUCCCAGGAGAAGUCGUACCGGGAGCGUCUGGAGGCGGAGUCUUCCGACCGGGCCACCGCCCUCCAAUCAGAGCUCUCCAAGCUGAAGACCUUCACCCUGACGGUGGUGGACGAGCGGCAGCGGCUGGCCGAGGAGCUCCGCCUCCAGACCGAGAAGAACCUGGACUUAAGCUCCGCCCACUCUCGUCUGCAGGAGGAGCUAAGCUCCGCCCACUCCCGCUUGAAAGAGGAGGAGCUUAAAGCCUCCAGCCUGCAGGAUGAGCUAAGCUCCCUAAGCUCCGCCCACUCCCAGCUGCACGAAGAGCUAAGCUCCACCCACUCCCGCCUAAAGGAGGAGGAGCUUAAAUCCUCCCGCCUGCAGGAGGAGUUAAACUCCGCCCACUCCCGCCUAAAGGAGGAGGAGCUUAAAUCCUCCCACCUCCAGGAGGAGCUGAACUCCGCCCACUCCCGCCUAAAGGAGGAGGAGCUUAAACACCAGGAAGAGAUCAAGGAGCUUGAGACCGCUGCCGGGCUUUCUGGGAAUUCAAUCUCAGAGCUGGAGGAGCUGAGGAGGCGGGUCCUGGAGAUGGAGGGGAAAGACGAGGAGCUGGCCCGGGUGGAGGACCAGUGUGGCGAUCUGGACAGGAAGUUGAAAAAAGAGGCGGAGCUAAGCGCGGCGUUGAAGCGUGAGGUGGAGAAGCUGAGCGGGAGGAUGGCAGAGCUAGAGCAGCUGGAGCGGGAAUUCAACCGCAGCAGGGAGGAGGUCGGAGUCUGGAGGCAGAGUCUGGAGGCGGAGCAGGAGCUGUCCGCGGUGCUGAAGCAGGAAGUGGACACCUUGAGGGCAAAGGUCGGCGAGCUGGAGGCCGCCGAGGGACGCCUAGGGCAGGCCGAGCAGGACCUGAGGGCCGAUCUGGCCAGGAUCAAGGCGGCGGCUGAGAGGUCAAAGGUCACGGAGGAGGACAGCGUCCUAAAGAGAAAGUUGGUACAACAGGAAGUGAGGAGCAGGGAGAUGGGCCGGGAGCUGGAGGCCAUGACCCUGGAGCUGGAGCGGUACCGCCGGGUCAGCCGCAGCCUCCGGCCCGGCAGGAGCGGCCGGCGCCUCGCCGACCUACUGGCCGCCAGCAAGGCCGUGCAGACCGACGACGUGACCUUUGACCCCCGGUGGGAGAACAAAGCGGCGGUGGAGAACGGGACGGUGUGUGAGGAGGCGGGGAUAAACGGCGAUCAGGAAGCAAUGAACGGAAAAAAUAUAUUGCAAAGUGGAGUCAAAGUGACCUUUGACCCCGCUGGUCAAGUCAAGUUGACCCCUGAUCCUGGGUGUAUCAACAAAGCGGUUGCAAACAGGAAGUGGUGUGACGAGACGGGGAUAAACGGCGAUCUAAAAGCAGAAAAUUUGAAAAAUGUGAUAGAAAGUGGAGUCAAGGUGACCUUUGACCCCGCAGGUCAAGUCAAUUUGACCCCUGACCCUGGAUAUAACAAUAUGGUGGGAGCGAUCAACAGGAAGCUGUAUGAGGAGAGUGAGGAGAAAUGGAUAAAUGGCGAUCUGGAAGCAGUGAAUGGGAAUCAUGUCAAGGUGACCUUUGACCCUGCAGGUCAAAUCAAUUUGACCUCUGAUCCCAGGUGUAACAGCCCGAUAGUGGGGAACUUGAGGUUGUAUGACAAAAGCAAGGGGUCACAGGGCGACGAUGGCGAUCAGAAAGCAGCAAAUGGGAAUAACGUCAAGGUGACCUUUGACCCCACCGGUCACGUGACGUUGACCCCUGACCCCGGGCGCAACAACACGGCGGCAGCGGCGAUCAGGAAGCUGUCGGAGGAGGCGCGGAUAAAUGGCGAUCGGAAAGCGGCGAAUGGUGAUCUUGUGUCAAGAAGUAGUGUCAAGGUGACCUUUGACCCCGUCGGUAACCUCAAGUUGAUCCCUGACCCCGGGCACAAAAACACUCCGGUGGUGAAUGGAAAGCCAUACGAGGAGAGCAGCAAGGGGUCACACAAUGACAACAGUGAUCUGAAAGCAGCGAAUGGGAAUCACGUCAAGGUGACCUUUGACCCCGCCGGUCAUGUCAAGUUGACCCCUGACCCCGGGCGCAACAACAUGGCGGCGAAGGUGAAUGGGAAGUUGUAUGAAGCGGUGGCAAAUGGGAAUCAUGUCAAGUUGACCUCUGACCCCAAGUGCAACAACGCUCCGGCAGUCAACGGGAAUCACCUCAAGGUCACGACCUCUGACCCCGGGAGGGCGCCGUCCUUCACCAGCACGGCCGUCAUUCCCACCAGGAAGAGGGUCGCAGUCAUCCAGAACCCCAUGUCGCCGCCGCCGUCGCCCCCAGCAACAGUGGUGGGUGGCGGCCGGAUGAAAGGGGCGGGGCCUAACGCAGUCACCACGGACGACGGCAGGAUCCACGUCCGGCUGGGGGGCGGGGCCUGCAACAUGAUCAUAAGCCCCGCCCACCCCCCCACCCACAGGCCAGCUCAGGUUACAAUCCCUCUGGAAGCGUUCCGGCGGCCGGGCCCCACCAGGAUCCCCAAGCCCAAAGGCUGCGGCUCCCCGAAGGCCAAGGCAGGAGUUGAACCGGUGACCUCCGGAUCCAACAACAAUAACAACAACAACCCCAACCUGGCCAACCGCCGCCUCUGA